GAGGAUCGCCACCCACCAAAGAGAUCUCGAUGAUCGUUGCCCUAGUUUUCCCCUAGUUUGUGCUGCGUUUGGAUAAAUCGUUGUUGUAGGUCGAACGUCCUUCGUCUGUGAUGUUCUUGCUGUAUUAAUUCCCACUUUAUCAUUGAGACUGAUAAGAUUAUUCCAUAAAAUAACGUUGCCACACCACGGUUUUCAGUAGCUCUCUCUCUCUCCUUGUUUGCUCAUCAAAAUCGGGGUUGAACUUUGAGCCCCCAAACCGAACCGACCCCACAGUGACAAACGCAGCUCGCGGGUGUGUUUAUUGAAGUGUUUUCCCCCACUAUCCGAUUGUGCCUUUUGUGUUUUCACCUGGAAUCGGCCGGGAAAGGUUCCAAUAAAGUUUGAAAUAUGCUACGACUACCCCAAACGCAAUGGUUAACCGUGGCGCGUACCGGUGCUGCGAGAUACCAAUCAUCCUCGGCCCGUCCAACUACCGGUAACGAGUAUCAGUACCUGCAGCGGUCCAAAAUUCCGAUGCUGCACUUCCAGCCAUCGCUUCCCCGACUGCCGAUUCCGUUGCUGCCAAAGACUUGCGAACGCUAUCUGGCCGCACAGGAACCGCUCCUUGGCGGGGAUGCAUUCCAGCAGACGAAGAAGCUGGUGGAUCAGUUCCGGGAAGAGGACGGCCCAAAGCUGCAGACCCUGCUCAAGGAGUUUGAUGCACAGAACAAGCAUACCAGCUACAUCUCGGAACCGUGGUUCGAUAUGUAUCUGCGAGACCGUGCUCCGCUACCGUUGAAUUACAAUCCUCUGUUAAUGAUGAACCCUGACCCACGGCCCGAAUACAACGACCAGCUACUGCGUACGACCAACCUCAUUAUCAGCUCCCUACGGUUUAUGCGAUCGUUGCGAGCUCGCUGCCUCGAGCCAGAAGUGUACCAUAUGAAUCCGGCCAAAAGCGAUACGGCCAAGUUCCGCACCAUUACCUCGCUAAUGCCUUCUUUCGUGUCGACGUACGCUGCUUAUGCGUUCAAAGCGUUCCCGUUAGAUAUGAGCCAGUACCAUGGACUGUUUGGAGCGACGCGCAUUCCUGAACUGGAGAAGGAUCGAAUUUACCGCAACGAGACCUCUCGCCAUUUGCUCGUCCUGCGGAAUGGUAACAUGUACGCGGUGGACGUCCUAGAUGAGUCAGGCAACAUCGAACAGCCUGCCACGCUGAUGGCACGUUUCGAGAGAAUUCUCAACGAUGGACGACCCCCGGCAGCCAAUCCGCUCGGGCUGCUGACGACGGAAAACCGAGACACCUGGGCCAAGGCAAGAAACCACCUGACGCAGCUCGGUAGCAAUGCUAAAUCGCUCGAGCUCGUCGAUUCCGCACUCUUCUGUCUGUGUCUGGAUGAGACAACGAUCGACCCGAACAACCCGAUACCGGCGAUCAGAAAUUUCCUCUUCGGCGACGGCACCAACCGUUGGUUCGACAAGUCCUUCUCGUUGAUCGUUGCCCGGGACGGUACCACUGGUAUCAACUUCGAACACUCUUGGGGAGAUGGUGUCGCGGUGUUGCGCUAUUUCCAGGAGAUUUUCAAAGAAACCACCACGGCUCAGUUCGCAAACGCUGGCCUAAAGGGAGCGCAGGCGGAAUCACGGGGAGUUACGCCGAUCGAGUUCACCGUGGAUGAGGCUAUCCAAACAGCACUCAGUACGGCCGAAAAUAAUCACAAUUCCGUGAUCGACUCGCUUGAUAUGAACUUCAUGAAGUACGAGGGUAUGAACAAAAACUUCUGUAAACAGCAGCGCAUCAGUCCGGAUUCGAUCAUGCAGCUCGGUUUUCAAUUGGCGUUCUACAAGCAACAUGGCCAGUUCGUUGGUACCUACGAGUCCUGUAGUACGGCGGCCUUCCGUCACGGACGCACGGAAACGAUGCGCCCGUGUACGAUGGCAACGAAAGAGUUUUGUCUAGAGAGCCAACGACGAACGGGUGAAAGGAAGAGUGAUAGCGAACUGCGGGAAAUGCUGAACCGCUGCUCCACCGUGCACGGGCAGCUUACGAAGGAUGCCGCCAUGGGCCAAGGGUUCGAUCGGCAUCUGUUCGGUUUACGCCACACAGCGCAGAAGAAUGGCCUACCAAUUCCGGCGCUGUAUGCAGACACGGCAUACGCAGCGAUCAACCACAACAUCCUAUCGACCAGCACCCUGUCCUCUCCAGCCCUGCUAGCCGGAGGGUUUGGCCCGGUGGUACGCGAUGGUUAUGGUAUUGGGUAUAACAUCCAGGACAGCUACCUUGGCACUGUCGUCUCGAGUUACCGGCCGCACCGGAAUGGCCGUGAGUUUGUCGAUUGCCUACGGGAGGCGUACGAAGACAUUGCCAAAGUACUGAAAGCAACCGGACCGCCGCCGAAAGGCAAGUGAAAACGUUGAGCUGGGGACCUUUUUGAAUUCCAUUUAGAUUCGUUGUUUCGUUUUCAUCUGCUGGGUGUGCUAUUAAGUUUCCAACAAUCAAUCUAUAGCAACUUUUUAUCGUGGUACAGUUAUUCGAACGCCCUCUUCAUCAAAUGCUGAUCACGGCUGUUUGUAAUAAAGAUUUGCAGUCAAUUGUUUGUGAUAUUGGA